GCAAUUACCAAGACCCGACUGAGCUGGAAGCGGAAGAUCGGAAACUCCUGUUCCCGACUGCAGCUCUCCUGAACAGCAUAUACAAACUGCAACUCACUGCCACAGUUCUGAAGUACCUGCUCCACCAAGAGCUCCCAGGGUCCCCCGUCUCUGAUGAGCAGAGACUAUGCCGGGCCUGCGGAACCGCUCCACAUGGGCCCCCCUGCUGCUCAAGAGCUCCUGUGUCAAGUCCUGCUCCAACGGCUGCUCCCUGGGAAUCACCUCCCACCUCACCUAUGCCAACACUGACUCAGAGCCCGUGGAAGGCGUGUUCGUAUACCCUCUGGGGGAGAAAGAGGUGGUGGUGGGGUUUGAGGCAGUGGUUGCAGGCAGAGUGGUCAGUGUGCAGAUCCAGAGCCGGGGUAAGAUGGAGGACUGUUGUCUGGACUGCUGCGGCAGCUCCGGUCUCGACAUGCAGUGCUCCAACAGCAAGGACUGGGGCUGCUGCGGGAGCUCCAAAAUGGACAUGCAGUGCACUAACGGGCAUCUCAUUCUGGAUGAAGACCUGGAGAGGACCACUUUCAUUGUUGGUACUGGUGUCAUCGGGCCAAUGGAGGUAGUUACCAUUAUCAUAGGCACCACUCUGGAGCUCCCUACGCUGGAGAAUGGAGCAAUCCACCUGGUCUACCCUUCAGUGCUUACCCCCAUAGUGAGAGGCAGGAUGGUUCCAAACAAGAGCGAGCUCGGGGUGAGGUGGGAUGGACAGAGCCCGACCAGUUGUUUUGGGGGCACCUCAGGGGUCAAACAGGAGAGAAUGAUGAGCCCACCCCAGUACUGUGCCCAUGGGAUCUUCACCAGUCCAGCUGUCACUCACAUGCUUUACGAGCUCAACUUUCAGCUGCUGGUGAGGGGGGCAUGUCUACUUGCAGGUCUGGAGAGCCCCACCCAUGCUCUGCGUGCAGAUGCGGACCCCAGUGCCCAGUGCGCCUCUGCCACCUACAUCACCCUCGCCGAGGAGCACCCCUGUGACCGGCACCUGGAGAUCAUCCUGCACCUAAGUGAACCCCACAGUCCUCUCAUCAUCCUGGAGAGAGGGCGACUCACCUUCCAGGAGUAUGAGCAGCAGAUCAGUGCCCGGCGCGAUUUCAUCCGCUGUUCCAAGAAGGAAUCAGACAGUGAAAAGAAGCUGGAGUUUGUGAGGAAGCGGUUUCACAAGGACAUUCUGUGUAACCCGGUUCUGAUGCUGAACUUCUGCCCAGACCUGCUCAGCGAACCGGUCGAGCUGCACCGGGCCACCAGGGAGAUGGUCUUCCUCAUCGACCGCAGUGGGAGCAUGAGUGGCGGCAACAUUGACAAGAUCAAGGAAGGUAUGGUGGUGGCCCUCAAGAGUCUGCCCCCUGGGACGCUGCUCAACAUCGUGGGGUUUGGCUCCACCACAAAGACCCUGUUCACCACCAGCAAACUCUGCACCGAUGAAAAUCUGGUGCUGGCCUACGAGUAUGUCCAGAAGAUGAGGGCCGACAUGGGGGGUACCAAUCUCCUGGGCGCCCUCUCCUGGGUGUACCAGCAGCCUGUGCAACGUAGCAGUCCCCGCCAGGUGUUCAUCAUCACAGAUGGCACGGUCAGCAAUGUUGGCAGAGUGCUCGAGCUUGUGCGGAGGAAUGCCUGCUCGGGCAGGUGUUUUGGAGUGGGCCUGGGCCCACUAGCCUGUAGAAGGCUGCUGCAAGGGGUUGCCAAAAUUACAGGAGGUAUCACAGAGUUCCUUAAUGAGGAAUCAAGGUUGCAGCCCAAGUUGAUAAAAUCCUUGAAGAAGGCCUUUGAACCCGUACUCACAGAUGUACGUAUUGACUGGUAUGUCCCGGAUAGCUUGGAGGCCCUCCUCUCACCCAAUGAAAUCCCUCCAUUGUAUCCUGGAAACUGCCUGAUUGGCUACUGCACCAUCUAUGAUGUGUCUCCUUUCAGAAGUAAGAAGAAUGAGGCAAAGAGCCGCGUCUACAAGGGCCAGUCCCGGGGCUCAAUGGGCUCCGUAUUCGGCCAUUCUCAGGACGAGCUCUGCGUCCCCUUCACGGCCGACCCCCUCGAACCCCUGCUGGCCCCUUUGGAGCAGGACAACGUGGAGGAGGCUGUUCGGGAGAUAUCCCGCGAGAUCUCCUCCGAGUUUUCAUGCGCCAGGCCCACAGAUACCAGCCCUGGCAACGGGGGCGACGUGGAGCCGUCGAGCGACGUGCGGAAGAGGAUCCAGAGGGACUCGUAUGUGCAGGAGCAGUACGUUCUGACGCGAUGCUCGCUCAGCAGCGAGAGGGGCCUGACCCAGGGGUCUUCCGGCUCCGAGUGUCCACAGCCCCCCCUGCUGGACACCGUCUCCCUGCCCCAGGGCCUGGAGAGGAUGGCCCCGCCCGAGCAAGGCCGGCUAUCGCGCUGGGAGUCGCCGUGGCAACACCCGCAGUCCUCGGAGAGCACUGAAACAGAGUCAGGAAAGGCGGGCAGGGUGCUGAGUGCGGAGGAGUCUCGGCGCAGACAGAAGGCCCUGGCCCGUUCGGCCAUGGCCAGCCGCAGCUUCUCCUCGCCGCAGGGCGAGCUGGACAUGCACCGUCUGCGGCGGGCCCUGGAGAAGGUGUCCUUCGACCAGGCCGUGGGUGGCCGGCUGGAGGAGAGCGACGGGGAGGCUCAGCCCACCCCCAUGGUGGCCCUCUCUCGACGGAGCCUCACCGACUCCAGUGGCCUGCUGUUCCCUGCCUCCCCUCUGGACUGGGACAGUUUCACUGAUCCAGAGUACCUGUUCUCCGCUGCCCCCCCCGAGGAGCCCCAGUCGCCCCCCGCCCUGUGCCGCUCUGUCAUCCACGGGCUGCUGUCCGGGAAGCCUGUGUCCUGGGAGGUGACUGUGGAUCUGUCCCCCCUCUGGACCCCCGAGGGGCCCGCCCCGGGGCCAGAAGGCUGGGAAGAGAUAGUGCACCACCUCACCGCCCGCUCUGUCAUCCGGGACUUCGAGAACAUGGCGGAGAAGGAGGCCGACAUUGAGCACGGGCCAGCAAAGAGGUACCGCAUGAAAGCCAUCCAGACCAGUAAGGGCUGCAACACAAUCUGCAUGUACACAGCCUUCGCUGCGGUUGAUGGCAACACCAAAGAGGGUCUUUCGGGGUCUGUGGAAGUGCAAAAUACAGGGGUGCGCUUCAGCACCAGACGGAGCUCUCACUCUGGGAGCCGCAGACAGAGGGCGUACUCCACAGGACUGGGGCGUAGGCCAUCCAGUCGGGACUCUGAGGAGUUUGAGGACACCUUCGCAUCAACAGACCGGGAGGACACCCCAGCCUCUCCCUGUAGCCUGACUUCCUGGGACAGCAGUACAGGGGGCAGCUGGUACCCCGUCAGCCCAUCUGCGAAGUCCCAGCGGUCUAUGGAGAGCCGGUCAGUGGAGACCUUCUUUGGCUCUAGGUUCAGUCUGGGUAAGCUCCGAGCCUCCAGCUCUACAGGGAAGCAGGUGCCACUGAAGCCACACUGCCUGUCAGCCGAGGCGGAGAAACCCUCUGACUGCGACAGCACUGACUACAUGCAGCUGGUGCGUCUGCAGCUGGCCUCCGGAGCCUUCCUCCUGACGGAGCUGUACUCGGAAUGCCUGCAGAUCCCCCAGGAGAGGCUGAAGAGGGCCUCUCCCUACACCAUCCACCGCAGCAGCCAGAGUCCUCCCUUCCACUGCGGAUCCCCGCAGAGCCCCACCAACCCGAACCCCGCCCCCACCAAGCCCUUCUCCGCCUGCAACCAGGACACCAAGUCAGGCGCCCCGCCCUCCAAACACAGGGUCCCCAGGCCACGCCACUCUCAGCACGACUCCGUCCCUCCGCCCGCGGAUGUCCCGAGCCCGGAGGACACCACCCCAGAGCCGGGCGGGGGCCCGGGGCAGGCGGACAGCGGGCGGGGUUCGGAGACGGACGUGUGCGAGGGGUCUCCCGUGGAGCCCCCGGACCUGGCGGGGGAACGGCUGGCCCUGCGGGACCUGGAGGGCUCUACCUGGGCCACGGCCGUGGCUCUGGCCUGGCUGGAGCAUCGCUGCGCCGCCUUCUUCGUGGAGUGGGAGCUGGUGGCCGCCAAGGCCGACUUCUGGCUCCGCGGGCAGACGCUGCCUGAGGGCGUGGACUUGGCCGGCCUGAAGGGGGCGGCGCGGCAGCUGUUCCUGCUGCUGCGUCACUGGGACGAGAACAUCAAGCUCAACUUGCUCUGCUACAACCCCAAUAAUAUGUGACCACUACCCCCUUCGCCCUGCUACUCUGUCACCAUCACCUCCCAAGCCUUGACAAUGAAUCGUGGGCAAUAAGAAUCCACUUGAAAUUGUGUGUGGGGAAGAGGGAGUUAUGCACCGAUGUUGGUAGUGACAACCAGUUAUGGUGGAGAAGAAACAGUCAUGUGCCUUGAAACCUCAACCUCUAGACCACAGAUGUCAAACUCCAGUCCUGGAGGGCCGCAGUGUCUGGUUUUCUGGUUGUUCUCAGCACCUGCGGUUCAUUCAAGUUAUUGAUUGGCUAAUUGACUUGUCAGCGGGUUGAAAGACACUGUGGCCCCCUGGGAAUUGAGUUUGACAUCCCCGCUCAAGACCUUUUUUUAUUUUAUUCUACUUCAGUUAAAUCUCUGGAGUGUAUUAAUGGAGCCUAUGAUAUGAUGUAGAAGCAAAACAAGUGCAAUAAAUUGAAUUCAUUUAUUAAUUUGCUAGUUAUCUUUGCAAGUUAUAGUAAAUGGAACUAUAGUAAGCUAGCUUUCAAAACAGGAAUGAAAAUGUUUAUUAUACCUCUUCAGUUGAAGACACUAACAAUAUCUCCCCUGAAUAAUAUCUGCAUUAUCUUCCAGGAGUUACUACAAGAUAUAGAACCAUCUAUUUUAUAUGAAACAUAUCAAUUUUCUUUUGUUGAAGUUUGCCAUCACCCAAUCAGAGCCAGGUUUGCUGGAAGCAAAGGAGAGUAGAAGAUUCACACUUGAAUGGUGACUCGUUCAGUUGCCCACUGUACAAUCUUUGCUCCAUUUGCACGUGUGUGAUAUCAUAUCCCAAGGUUCACCUUUAAAGGACAUGAAGGCAUAAAAUAUUUUUUACACUACAGCUGUUAAACAAGUGGAGGUGAAUCUUUUGACACUUUUGACACACAAUGGGUACAUUGUUCAGAUCCUUAUUAAAAUCCAUCAACCUGAUCCCACAGUAGUUUUAUAUUUCAGAGCAUUCCCCACAUCUUCAUUACACAUUCACAGUGCAAGUUAAACUGCUUUUUUAGGAACAUAGAACUGAAGAGUUUGUGUGUGUGUGUAUGCGUGCGUGCGUGCGUGUUGGGAAGGCGGGAGUAACUGAAAACUGACUUACACAACUGUACUUUCAAUGGUCAACUUCAAGAGGUGAAUAAUUACCGAACUACUAAUGUCAGAGGCAAUAAUUUGCUGUUCAAUUUGAAAUGUAAUUGAAGUUUGUUUUAGUCCUCCUGAGUAU